UCAUGGCUUAAACAUCUGAAGUCAAACUAGAUCACAAGAAGCCAUCAAAUGCCUCCUUGGUGUUUCACAAGGAUCAGGAAAUUUUCCUAUCUGCAAACUCAACUUGGGUAGUGGAACGUGUCUCCACAAAGUCGCAGUCAGUGUAACCAAUCUUCAUUUCUAUUCAUUUUUCAACACGAAUCAAAUCAAACCACCUGCAUGGCGAAUUUAGAGCUCAUGUAAAAGUGGUAAUUAAUUAGCCUAAUGAACGGCAGCAAAAACAAUAUAAUGUGUUUGGAUGACACCCUAACAAAAAGUUGUUCUGAAAAAAUCAAUUUUGUAAAUAGUUUUAUAAUCAUUUCCAAAAAAUGGUUUGCUCGUUUGGAUGAUGUCCAAAACACAUUUUCACACAAAAUGGGCUUUUAAGCAUUUUCAGAAAACUGGUUUGUGUGUCUGGAUUACAUCUAAAACACAAUUUUUUGUGAAUAACCUAGGGGGAUCAGGUUCUUCAAUCUUCUAAAACCAGGGUUUUUGAAAACUUAAUUUUGUGAAAAUCUGGUUUACGAUGUUACCCAAACACUACCAUAGUCUUCAUCUUCCUGUCCACUGCUGGUGUGAGUGGUGCUCUUGUCCCCUUUUAAUAAACAGAGAGAGAAUCGAACAUGACUUGGCUUGCUCCAACGUCCUCGUCUUUUUCUGGAAGAGGAAGGAAGGAGAACCGAAGCGAAUGAGAUGAGUCUCUUCCGCCUUCGGCAAGAAAACGGAUCAGAUUCGCACGCUUUGAAAGGGAAAGGCGAAAACGAAACAAAAGAAAAACUCGAUUGGUUUUCCAUUCGUCUCACGUAAUCUCCACAAUCUCAAACCACCAUGAUAUUCCAAUUCCGAUAUGGUAAAAUGCCUUCCUCCCAAUCCAUUCUCGUUCUCCGCAGGAAGCAACAGAAAUCUCUGAAGCAAAACUCACGAAGUUGGGAACUUCCCUUAUAUAUGCAAAAGGUCGCGCUCGUCCUCACCACCAUGAGAAAGCGCAGGUAAAAACAUCGCCCGAUAUAUGUCGGAAAAGGCUUACUGCAUGCUGAUGAGGGUGCCCAUUGAUUGCAACGGCUGCUACAAGAAGGUCCGGAGGGCUCUCCUCAAGAUGCCUGCGAUCCACAGCCAUGUGAUCGACAGGAAGCAGGGCAGAAUCAAGGUGUGUGGGACGUUCAAGCCACCUGAGGUUGCCAUUGGCCUAAGGAAGCGCAUAAACCGUCGGAUCGAAAUUCUUGAAAUCCAAGAGGCUGAUGUUACCGCCAUGUAUGCAGCCUGAUGUUCCUAGAAGAGGGCAUGGCUUCUUCUCGCAAGGACAUCUACAAUCUAGCUGAUCUGCUAUCAGUAACAAGACUGCAGUUUCAUGGUCAGGGUGUGCCUGAAUUCAGAAACUAAUCUCUGCUUACCAAACAUGGAUAAAAAGUAUGCUCAUUUUUCUCGACUCUUAAGCUGCAAAUGUAAAUGAACAUGUAAUUUAUUGGUAGACAUAUUAUAAGAUUGAUUGACCAUUGAA